AUGCUAACAGACACGCCUAAAGUCAGUGAUAAUAAUGACAACAACAACAAUAACGAUGAUGAUAAUAAAUGUUGCGCUGAAACAAUUAGUGAUGGUGAAACUGACGACACCGUGUAUGUCACCGACGAUCAGUUGGCAAAAUAUACGGCAAUAUUAAUAGACAACUACGUGACCGAAGUCCAGGAGUGUAUAGACCGGGAAACCACGGAUAUAAUCCACGCCUUACAAGAGGCUCGUAUUGGGGCGCAAACUAAAUGCAUGGAUGAGUUUAACGGUGAGUUUGCCGAUAGUAAGCCCGUAGACCUGGUGGACAAGUAUAGGCAUAGGUUGGAAAUGUCUGUAUGCGAGCAAAAUGUCACGUUUGAAACACUGUGUAAGGCUAGGGUUGCCAACGGAGACCAAUUGGUAGAUGAGUUGAGCGAAAAGUUUACGCAUUUAUUGCACAGGAAAUUGGAUGAAAAUUUUUUGUUUAUGACCGAACAGAAAGAGUUGUACACAUAUUUCAACGACAUUUACGGCCGGUUCACCGCUAAGUGUGAAUACCUGUGCGCUAGCGAUCAGUAUUGUAUCGAUGGUAACCAAUUGGCAGAGUAUUUACUUAAACGACAAACAGUUAUCGACUUAUUUCAAGAAGAUUACUAUUUGUGCGAAAAAUUCGGCGAAUUGACCGCAACAGCGAUCGAUGAAUAUAAGCGACAAAUCGCCGAAAUAAACACCAAAAACGCUAAAUACGUACAAAACUACAUACAAAUGGGUAAACAAGUGUACGAAAAACAAAUGAGUAAUUUACUCAAAAGCGGUACAUUUUCCGACGAAACAUUCCGGGAACAGAACAACGCUCUACUCGAUAACAUCUGGGUUAAAAUGGCAUACAAAUUAUCGACCAAACAAAUCAAACAUUCCGUAAUCAGGGAAUGCAAACAACAACUCGAGCUAAGCAUGGAACCAGUGUACCAUGCUCAAUUGGCGCUAAACCAGCAAAUACACGAACUCAUUAACAAUCUAAUGACCGAAAUGCUAUACAAACUGCACGAACAGUACUGUCAACAAUUUGCAGCUAGACUAUCGCAAACACCCUACCUGGAUCGUUGCGAUUUUAACCAAGUUCACACCGAUCUGGUCAGUCAAUUGUGGCCCCGACUCGAGUCGAUUGUAUUCGACCAGAAGACUCGUUUCACCGACAAGUAUUUGUGGGAAAUAUUGAGCCUGAAUAGGGUCAACAUCGAGCUCAACGUAGAUGAAUCGAAAGAAAAAUACUGGACCCUCAACGAGCGUAAACGAAACAAAUCCACCUCGCUAAUAGUGUCGUUCGCGGACACCCCUACCGGCGCGUACUAUGACCGACCGGCGGGCGCCAUAUUGAACGUGGUUGACGUGAAUAACACGGGCCGAUUGGCCACCAAUAGCCUGGCCUUUGACGGCAAACGUAUACUGUAUGGCGCGGAGGCCGAGCGCUACCUUAAUGGCGCCAAAUCCCACAUCAUUGACAUAAUGGGUAGGGAUGUGAGCGACGACGAGCUGUAUAACUACGAGUUCCGGUUUGUGGACAAAAAUCACCUCAAAAUACGACUAAUAUAUGGCGACGAAGCGAACACUAGCCUAGAGUUGAACGUUGAGUCACUGUUGGCGCUGCAAACGAUCGAGAUAAAAACGGCGGCCGAACGGCAAUUUGAUUCGCCCAUGUUGAACACCCUGUUUGUUGUGCCCACCGGGUAUACAAUUAGGCAAUUGAACGCUGUCCGUGACUCGGCCACUAUAGCCGGUAUUGAGCAUGCACAUUUUAUUACCGAGAUGUCUGCGGCGGCCAUUGAUUUCGGUUUUAAUACCAGUAAUUACGACCGAAAUCUCGCCUUUCGUGAAGUGCUUAUAGUUAUAUUCGCGCGUAAUAUAUGUGAGUUAGCUCUGGUCGAGUAUAUUGACGAUGGUAUGCGCUAUAAGGCGUAUAAAUGUGACUAUCAAAUAGCGUCCAAAAUUAAUUUCGAAAAGCUGCCCAAAAAGUAUUGCACCAGGAUCACUUUUAAUUGCGUGAUGUCGGCCAUUAUAACGAGGGGUGCCGUGUAUUACAGCGACCACUACGAGACCCAUCGUAAGCCCAUUCCCAUCAGUGGUGUAUAUUUGCGGGACAUUAUGUGUUGUAUUGUGUUUAAUGACAACAUUAAAUACAUGGACACUUUGGUCCGGGCCAACGAAACACCCGGCACGUGUUGUUACCAGAAAUUCAAGCUGCCUAGCACGUGCAAAUUACCAAUAUUCAUUUUUAUUAUGGACGGCCCCGAGACUGUGAUUAAACAGUAUAUUAUUCACGAAUUAAAUAAACAUGUUAACCUCGGCGAAGACCUAUAUCUGUUUAUUACCAUGUGCAGCGACACCUACUUUGCCACCAAUUACGAGUUUACCAUACAUGGUAAAAUUGCGCCCAAGUACAUAUCGAACGUUCCUAAUGAGAUAAUGACCGAGGUGCAUUAUAAUUUGACCCAGGAACAGUUGGGCGAGCAAAAGGCCCUGGUGGCUAAACUUCGAGAAAACGACGAUUUAAUGAAUUGGCCUCUAAAUAAUAAUCUGGUAAUAAAUGACGAUGAUGAAAUAACUGACUAUGUUUGCAAUUAUUAUACGAGCGUAAAAUACAUAAAAGCAAAUGUCCCUAAUGUUAGCGAUUCGAUGGAAAUUACACCGAUUAACGAAUGCAAAGAGAUUAUUGCCAGAGAACCGAUCGUGAUCAGCGCCGAUUACCUAGACACAUUUAUAACUAAACUAGCCGAUUCGUAUACAGAGCAAAUCUUGACCAUGAUGGAUUCCGAUAAAUUUGUCGCACUCAACGAAAGUCAAAAACAGAAAUUUAUGUCACAAUUGGACGAAAUAAUCACCGAAUCGGCCGUAAAAUACAAACACGUAUUCAAUGGCGGCCCACAAACGCUGACUGACACAGAUAUAAGCGACACCGAACAGCGGGGUAAUACCGGAGAGGGACCGGGGCUGACAGUGUCGGACACUAGUAAGACGGCGUGUCGUUUAAAACGAAAAUGCUCGAGUGUUUGUAGGAAGGGUGAAUCCAAACAAAAAUUGGACACAGUAACACCUAUUGAUCAAGCUAUAAUUGAUCAAGCUUCAAAUACACUUCAAGCUGACCCGGUCAAUCACGUGGCCACAGUUAAUACACAUGUAACCGACCUAGAUCAGCCAAUGAGCGAGCCUCACCCAAUAUCUAGUGUGGCCGCAAAAUUGGCUCAUACUAGCGUUGUGACUGUCCAUUCGCACAAAGUGGUCGCCCAUGCUAAGCACCAUCAAACUGCCGCUGUUGCCAACGACCAUGAUGAUAAUUUUAUUAGCACAGCUGUGAUCGACGAGUUUACCCGUUUCGCUGCCGGCAUUCGCGAUCGUUUAGAUCUACACAAUGUGUUUCAUACAAAAAAGUCCCGCAUUUUAGACCAAUUGAAAAUUUCCGAGACUAUUGUCAGGUCUGAUACGAAUCGGUUUGACGAACAAAAAGGUGAAAUACUGGCUAUGAUUAAGAAGUUGAAGCUAAGCGCCAAACUUAUCACGGUGUAA